CCAUAAUUCCGUCGUACCGGAAACGUUCGGGAAGCCUGUGCUGUCGAUGCGGAACUGAUGAAGACAGUAAAUAAAAAAGCUUUGGCAACUUGCGCUUCAUCUCAACACGGGAUUUAAAAGCUGCAAAAAUGACAAACGUGUACUCUUUCGACGGCAUUCUUGUAUUCGGACUUCUCUUCAUUUGCACGUGUGCGUACCUGAAGAAGGUCCCUCGUCUCAACAGCUGGCUCUUGUCUGAGAAGAAAGGUGUCUGGGGAGUAUUUUACAAAGCUGCAGUGAUCGGCUCACGGCUUCACGUUGCUGUGGCGGCGUCCUGUUUGUUCAUGGGUUUUUACCUGAUUUUUCUGAAAUGACCUGGAUAAAUCUGACUCUUGGACACUGGACUAUGGAAAGUGCUGGCAGAUGUCGCCCACUCGACGCACAGAGACCCGACUCCACCUGCAGCUUAACACUGGUUCAGGACCUGCUUUCCAUUUUUGUAAAUGUUUAACUUAAAGAUUGGAUUUUGGGGGA